AAUAGAUCUAAAAGCGCAGUGUCGGACCCUGGAAACACCAUAGGUGUCUACAGGUGCCAAGAAAGAGUAAGCAUCCCCAUAUCGCUUGAUCAGUAAUGCCUUUGUGGUCAUCAAGAAAAGGGGGCCCUGUCCUACUGACCUCGUGUACCUUUUCCUCCCAAUAUCUUCAAUCAUAACGUAUAAUAUGGAAGUGAAAAACUUUUCUGAGAAAGAACUUGUAAAUUCUGUUAACAAAGGUGACUAUAGUGCUGUGAAAAAACAACUAAAAUCUGGUGCGGAUCCAAACAUUUAUGAUGAAGAGGGAAACCCGCUCCUUUUUCUUCCGAUUAUCAGUGGGGAUGAUGAAAUGAUGGAUAUACUCUUGUCUUUUGAUACAUGCAAUAUCAACAUUCGCAGCCAGGAUCUCCGGACGCCGUUACUUAUUGCAGUAGAGUUGGACGACUUGGAGUUUGUGAAGACCCUCAUCAAAGCAGGAGCAAACAUCGAUUGUACUGAUGGUUCGGGGAAGACACCUCUGCUCUUAGCGCUGGAGGAGGGGCGUUUUGAAAUUGCCGAGUACCUUAUUAAGCGUGGUUGUAACGUAAACGUUGUAGACGGGUUGGGACAAAGUGCUCUCCAAUUUGUGGCAAACGGAACUCAUAGUCAUUGUAUAAGAAUGGUGGACAAAAUUCUCAAAAGUGGUUUUAAUUUAGAGGAACAUAACGAAUGGAUUCCAGCGGCGAAUGUAAAAUCAAGAACACUGGGCCGAAAAACGAAGAUUCCUAAAGUCAUGCGAACAUUCAGCAUGAGAGUGAAAAAUUUCCCGAGUUUCCGAAAAGCCAAACCAAAUACCCAUACCUGAGGCUUCAAAAGGAAAAUCCAGUUCAUCAGGCCAACCUGUAUGAUGAAUUGCAAGAGCUCUACCAAAUCAAAGAGCGUAAAAAACCUCAUGCCAUAAAAACCUCAUCUCAAGCCCGGUCCCAAUAGACACCUAUGCAGCGCAAGGCUGCCCUUUUUGACCAUUAAUUUCUUCACCUGACAAGUCGCUGGUGAGAAGUGGAUUAUGCAUUCAUACUUAAAUCGUAAAAAAGCCCUGUCAUGGAAAGAUGCAAGGACUGCGUAAAAACUGAUCGAGAAGA